CGCCGGCCCGGCCCCGCCAUGGCCCCGCCGCCCGCAGCGCUCUGUCUGUUCGACGUGGACGGGACCCUCACGGCCCCGCGCCAGGGGAUCUCCCCGGAGAUGGCGGCGUUCCUGCAGCGGCUGCGGCAGAAGGUGAAGGUUGGGGUGGUGGGAGGCUCCGACUUGGCCAAGAUCCGCGAGCAGCUGGGCGAGGACGUGGUUGAAAAAUUUGACUAUGUGUUUCCAGAAAACGGUCUUGUAGCAUACAAGGAUGGGAAAUUCCUAAGCAAGCAGAGCAUUCAGGGUCACCUGGGCGAGGACAUCCUUCAGGAUCUAAUCAACUACUGCCUGAGUUACAUUGCAAAGAUUAAACUGCCAAAGAAGAGAGGCACUUUCAUUGAGUUCCGGAACGGGAUGUUAAAUGUGUCCCCCAUUGGAAGGAGCUGCAGCCAGGAAGAACGACUUGAGUUCUAUGAACUCGAUAAAAAGGAGCAUAUAAGAGAGAAAUUUGUGGCUGAUUUACGAAGAGAAUUUGCAGGCAAAGGCCUCACGUUUUCUAUAGGAGGGCAGAUAAGCAUCGAUGUGUUCCCUGAUGGCUGGGACAAGAGGUACUGCUUAGGAAUUGUUGCCAAUGAUGGAUACAAGACUAUUUAUUUCUUUGGAGACAAGACUAUGCCAGGAGGGAAUGACUAUGAAAUUUUCACAGACUCCAGAACAGAAGGCUACAGUGUCACAUCCCCCCAGGAUACCAGAAGAAUCUGUGAAGAGCUAUUUUUUAAAUAAAAGACUUUCAGAAUUCACCCUUCCAGGACGGUUAAAACAGCUUAAUAACUUGAGACAUCAUCUUCAUUCUGUAUUGUGUUUUGUAACUGUUUAAUGAAUAGCAGGUGCUUUGCAGGUCAGUCAUUACUGAAGGGAAAUGUUUUAAUUGAAGACCCCUUGCUGCCCAGGGGAACACAGCAGAGCACAUUUCACACCAUCCUUUCAAGUACUGUUUUCUUUUUGUUUGGUUGUGGGGUUUGGGUUGGUUUAUAUUUUUUGUUGGUUUUUAAGUCAUCAGAUAGUUGAUUUAUGGUCUUGAAACUGGCCUGCAAGGCUUUAUCCCUAGUUUUUUUUAUUUUGAGGCUGCUUUUUAAAAGAUGAGCAUUUUAUAAGAGAUUUUUUUUAAAUACUGCCUUGUGCUAUAAAAUCAUGAAUUAUAAGACAGUUGGGACUUUUUUGUCUGAAACUGGAAGAUGAGUAGAAGAGACAGGAUUUAUUUCUUCCUGGAGGUGGGAAGAUUGAACUGAGCCAUAAGUUCCUGACCCCACCUGUGUUCCAGUGUGUGGUCAGAAGGUGCUUCAGGUCUCCCACCCCUGGGAAGGCUGGACCAGCUGGGGCCAAAGUUACCUCCUCAGAAUGGCACAGUCAGAUCAUGGUACCUACACUCUGCAGACUACUAAAAUCUAAAAAAAUAAAAAAAUUGUAAAGAUAAUCAAAGUAACGUCAUCACAGUAACAAAAUAUAUUCCUGUCACUUUCUGAUAGUUUUCUGAUUUUCUUUGUAAGAAGGAAAUUAAGGGUAAAUGAGAUUUUAAUACUAAGAAAAUUAUCUGAAUUAUGUUUCUCUUUAAAUUCAAGUCAACACCUGACAAUCCAUGUAACUGUUAAUAUUACUUUUCUCAUCUGGCAUUACAAAAGUAAUCUUGUGUGUGAACAAUUUGAUUUAGUAACAGAGAAAUAAAUCUCAUCAUAAAAAAUUACUGUUUCAAUUUGUCAUUUUGGCAAAUAAAAUACUUUAAGCAGAA